AUGACCUGGCAUGCCACUCUUUUGGCACAUCCAGAUUCGGACUAUGCCGGAAUCAUCUUACACUUGGUCAUGGCCUUUCCUGAAGAUUAUCCACAAAGAUCAUGCAAGGUUCAAUUAUUGAAUUCGUUGCAUCAUUCACAUGUCCAUGGAGAUGGUCAUAUUUGUUUGGACAUGUUGCAAACACAUCAUUCUCACGAACGUUAUUUCGGUUGGUCAUCGAGUUAUUCGGUCAUGUCCAUCUUGUUGCAAUUGCAAGCGUUUUUGUUUGAGGAAGAAAAAGAUCAGAUUUAUUAUAUUCAGGAAGAUGUGAAUAAGAGUAAAAAGUUUAAAUAUUUGCCACAUCAUGAUCCUGAGAAUGGAAAGAUAUGGCCAUGUGCUCCUUAUUGGGAUGUGAAUGCAAUUUUGAAUGGAAAAAGUGCUUUGAAAUCUACAAAGAUCGGUUUGACAAGUGGCAGCACUCCAAAGAUUCACAACUUGAAAGGCAUGACGAGUUCCACUACUUGUCUCUUCAUGGAUCUCCCUCAAGAAAUGCUCAUCCACAUCUUUGACUAUCUCACCACCAUUGAACUGAAAACUCUCGAAAAAGUUUGCACAACCUUUCGCCAACUUGUGAACUCUCGAGAAUUCUCCACUGCUCGCGAAUUGGUUUGUUUCUACUCGAAACUUACCUUCCGAGAAGAUACUCUUGGUAUUGGUCUCUUUAUUUAUGAAAACAAAAAAGGAAGAUAUGAACUUAGUACUUCUCUCGAUUUGAUUGGUUAUAAGGCCUUUCAUCGAGAUGGUGUGAGAAAGGGUGUGUGGAAUGCAAAUUUUAAUUUUUGGCUUCCUCUCUAUAUUAAUAAGCAACAUGCAAAUGUGAAUUAUUUUAGAGACAGUAUUGCAUGUAUUCGAAGAGAAUGUCCUGGAUUUUUGGAUGAACGUGCCAUUCCUGAGAAGUGCAAGGAUGAUUUUCCUUAUUUGGCAAUGGAUCUAUUAAGUAGGUUAAUGAAUACCAUGAUUGUCGAAAUUAUGAAAGGAUAUUCCCAUGCCUCUAUUAAGGCACUUCAAGGAUACUGUCACUUUCAUCGAUGGAUGAUUUACUUGGCUCAGACCUAUGGUCCAGAACUUGGCAUUUUAAAAAGUGUUCAUCGAUUCCUUAAUUAUGCAAAAGCAUGCCACAAGAAUGAAUGUCCUGAUUUGGGAGUCUUUUUACGUCUUUCUGUGUUGGGCCCCGAUGGAAUAACUUGGGAUUCUAUCAAAGAGGUCGUCGUCCAUGAAGUUACUGUUCGAAAUGCCUUUUGGAUUCAACUAAAAGAUCCAAAUAUGGCAAAUCUUAAUGAUGGCAAUGACAUUGCUCGUGUGAAAAUAUCAUGGGAGAGCUCGCAAGUAUCAUGCAGAUUGAUCAUGUUCCAUGUCUUUUUUUUGAGACAAUUCGUGGAAAAGCAUCGAGAUCGUUCUUUGGAAAUGAUCGGUCGAAUGUACGAUGUGAAUUAUGGAUGCCCAGAAGGGAACUUUGAACAUGUGUUGCAGAAGGGAAUCUUUAAGAUUUUGAGAAUUUCUCGCUUGAGUGAAUAUUUUCAAUAUAUUGGAAUGAUGAGUGAAUAUUUGGACUCUACGGCAAAGAUUGCUGACUAUUUGAGAAAAUGCGCGAAAAGGUCGAUCGAAGUGGGAUAUACUCAACCACAACAACAACAACAAAAACAGCGUCGUGUCAGUAGUGGCAGUAGUGGUGAUUACAACGAUCGAAGAAGAUAUCGCUAG